UACUCCUCUAUAGAGAGCGCCCGGGAAAUUCAGUACUGUGUUAUACGCACUGAUUAACCUGCGCCGUCUCCCUAAAUUGCGCCAUGAGCUUGCUUAAUCAGCUCUGGGACGACACCGUCGCCGGUCCCCCGCCGGAAAACGGCCUCGGGAAGCUAAGAAAGUUUUCUACCUUUAAUUUCCGUCCGAAUUCCGGCAAGGAAUCAGAGGGUCAGAAUCCAAAUCCGAAUACGAGAUCACUCACCGUAGACACAAGUGACGAUGCAAUUAAAGUGACGAGAAGUAUCAUGAUACUAAAGUCUCCUCGUAAUCAGAACAAGGACUCGCCUCCGGCAUCGCCAUCCCCGUCGCCGGCGGGUUCUACUCCUCCGGUAUCUCCUUUCUCUGGUGCAGGAGGAAGGGAGGCGUACCGGUUCAGGAGGAGGUCAGCGUCGUUCGCCUACGAGAAUGCUAGAGGGAUUGGACCCCGAAACGCUCCUCCUCCUUACGACGUGUGAGCUAUGAGGCCGGCCAGCCUCGUUUUGUUCUAUGAGGUGUACUGUUGUUGAAUGUAGUGGAGAGUUCAUGUUUUUUGGGUGGUUAAUUAAGAAUGUGUUUGUGAAGUGGCUGUUGUUUAUUAGGUUUGUAAAUAUGUUAUGUAAUUUGGGUUUUACUUGUGUUUGUGUGUCUACUACUGUGUCUGCGGAGGUCUGGGUACAAGUUGUAAAAACAAAAAUGGAGUCUGUUAUGUAUCCUUACUCUGUACUAAAACGUUAUGUUUCAAUGUAGCCUUGCGUUUACUGCUUGACAUAGUGAAGAAUAAUAAGAACUGUGUUAGUUGUUGCUUCUUUCUCA